UCGACAUAAUCUUAGGUUUAGGUCACCUCAGAUAUGGCGGACGUACCGAGUAAUGCGCCGCAACAUUGCCCCGGCACCAGCAGCGAACAGGCUGGAAAGACGUCGGCCUGUCAGGGAUGUCCGAACCAGACAAUAUGCGCUUCCGGUGCUGCGAAGGCUCCCGACCCCGCCAUAGAGGAGAUUAAGGCGAAGAUGGCCACCGUGAAGCACAAGAUCCUGGUCCUCUCCGGCAAAGGCGGAGUGGGGAAAAGUACCUUCAGUGCACACCUGGCUCAUGGUCUCGCCAGCGAUGGAUCCAAAGAGGUGGCUCUGCUGGAUGUGGACAUCUGUGGCCCAUCCAUCCCAAGGAUAAUGGGUCUGGAAGGAGAGCAGGUGCAUCAGAGCGGUUCUGGCUGGUCUCCUGUGUACGUGGAGGACAACCUAGCCGUGAUGUCCAUCGGCUUCCUGCUGAGCAGCCCGGACGACGCGGUCAUCUGGAGGGGACCCAAGAAGAACGGUAUGAUCAAGCAGUUCCUGCGGGACGUGGACUGGGGCGAGCUGGACUAUCUCAUCGUGGACACGCCCCCCGGGACGUCGGACGAGCACCUGUCUGUCGUGCAGUACCUGAGCUCCGCCCACAUCGAUGGCGCAGUCAUCAUCACCACCCCUCAGGAAGUGUCCCUCCAGGAUGUGAGGAAGGAGAUCCGUUUUUGCCAGAAGGUCAAGCUGCCGAUCAUCGGCGUGGUGGAGAACAUGAGUGGCUUUGUUUGUCCCAAGUGCAAGAACACCUCCCAGAUCUUCCCUCCCACGACGGGAGGGGCGGAGAAAAUGUGUGCAGACCUGAGCCUCCCUCUUCUGGGGCGAGUUCCCCUGGAUCCCCGGAUAGGAAGAAGCUGCGACGAGGGAAAGUCGUUCCUCUCGGAGGUUCCCGAGUCCCCAGCGGCCGCCGCCUACCAGAGCAUCAUACAGAGUAUCAAAGAGUACUGCUUGUCUCGCAUCCAGGAAGAUGGAAACACCGACUAGAGUUCUGCCCUUAGUUUAGGAGUUUGUAUGUGAAAGACGGGGUUGAGAAUGUGCCUCAAAGCAUGACACAAAGCCAGGUCCUCAAGAUCGCAAAAAUGGAUGGAUUACCACCUCAUUCAGGGGCUGUCUUUCAAGCCAAUGUCAAAUGACUUUGUCUUUAACUGUGAACGAGCAGUUGCUGAAGCGUGGAGUUUUGUUGUUUAAUUAUUUGAUAAUUUCAGAGUAUUUCCUGAUGAAUCUCAGUGACCACCAAACUGCAAGUGUCAGCAAAAGCAACACGUAGACCAGUCAUAGAUACGGAACAACCAGAAUUGUGGUUAGAGUGGAUACAGGCUGGAAUGAGAUGCUGUGACCACAGCAUUACAAGCUGAGUUGUUAUAUCCAAAUCAUUAUCUGUAUAUCCAAAAAAAGGCAAUAUACUGCUUUAUUGCAGGCAUUUGUCAUUUUCAGAUAAUGUCUAUCUCCAGGCAGAGCAGAUGUGAGAAGUAGAUUAAAUGAUCAUAAUUUAUGUAAUAUUUGAAGAUUAUAUGCUGAUUUACCGGUGUGAGUGUCUCUGAACUGCACUGGUUUUGUGUAGAAGAUGACCUCACUUCUGACCUUUCAGAUAAUCACAUGGUAUCCCGUUCUAUGCACUAUAUAGGCUAGUCAUGUUAACUUGCUUCUGUAUACUAUGUGUAUAUAUUGGCUUUUUUAAUCUUUAUUUUGUUACAUUCACAC